AUCUCGCGAUAAGUGAGCGCGCCUGGACGGACGAGAGAAAAGUAUCUGCUCCGCUUAGGGGGGAAAGAAGGAGCUGGAAUCAGAUUGUGGGACCGAGCGCGGCCGGGUGGGAGGCGACGGAGCUACCAGCGGCUCCGCUCUGCUAUAUGAAAUAUGGGAGACGACAGACCGUUUGUGUGCAAUGCCCCGGGCUGUGGACAGAGAUUUACAAACGAGGACCACCUGGCAGUUCAUAAACACAAGCAUGAGAUGACAUUGAAAUUUGGCCCAGCCCGAACUGACUCAGUCAUCAUUGCAGAUCAAACUCCUACUCCGACUAGAUUCCUGAAGAACUGUGAAGAGGUGGGGCUCUUCAAUGAACUAGCUAGCUCCUUUGAACAUGAAUUCAAGAAAGCUGCAGAUGAGGAUGAAAAAAAGGCUGCUUCUGGGCCCCUUGACAUGUCUCUGCCUUCUACACCAGACAUCAAAAUCAAAGAAGAAGAGCCAGUGGAGGUAGACUCAUCCCCACCUGACAGUCCUGCCUCUAGCCCCUGCUCCCCACCACUCAAGGAGAAGGAUGUUGCUCCAAAGCCUGUUGUGAUCUCUACGCCCACACCUACCAUCGUACGCCCUGGCUCCCUGCCUCUCCACUUGGGCUAUGAUCCACUUCACCCAACCCUUCCUUCCCCAACCUCCGUCAUCACACAGGCUCCACCAUCCAACAGGCAACUGGGGUCUCCCACUGGCUCCCUCCCUCUCGUCAUGCAUCUUGCUAAUGGACAGACCAUGCCUGUGCUGCCAGGGCCUCCGGUACAGAUGCCUUCUGUUAUAUCGCUGGCCAGACCCAUGUCUAUGGUGCCCAACAUUCCUGGUAUCCCUGGCCCACCAGUUAACAGCAGUGGUUCCAUUUCUCCCUCUGGCCACCCUAUGCCAUCAGAAGCCAAGAUGAGACUAAAAGCUACCCUAACCCACCAAGUCUCCUCAAUCAAUGGUGGCUGUGGAAUGGUGGUGGGGACUGCCAGCACCAUGGUGACAGCCCGUCCAGAGCAAAGCCAGAUCCUCAUCCAGCACCCUGACGCCCCAUCCCCUGCCCAGCCACAGGUUUCACCAGCCCAACCCACUCCUAGUACCGGAGGGCGACGUCGGCGCACGGUGGAUGAAGAUCCAGACGAGCGGCGGCAGCGCUUUCUGGAGCGCAACCGGGCCGCAGCCUCGCGCUGCCGUCAAAAGCGGAAGCUGUGGGUGUCCUCCCUAGAGAAGAAGGCUGAGGAACUCACGUCUCAGAACAUUCAGCUGAGUAAUGAAGUCACAUUACUACGCAAUGAGGUGGCUCAAUUGAAACAGCUGCUGUUAGCUCAUAAAGACUGCCCAGUCACAGCACUACAGAAAAAGACCCAAGGCUAUUUAGAAAGCCCCAAGGAAAGCUCAGAGCCAACGGGUUCUCCAGCCCCUGUGAUUCAGCACAGCUCAGCAACAGCCCCGAGCAAUGGCCUCAGCGUUCGCUCUGCAGCUGAAGCUGUGGCCACCUCAGUCCUCACUCAGAUGGCCAGCCAAAGGACAGAACUGAGCAUGCCCAUACAGUCGCAUGUGAUCAUGACCCCACAGUCUCAGUCUGCGGGCAGAUGAUGCCUCCCCUGGUGGAGAGGUCCCCAGCCAGAGCUCGCCCGCCCGAGAGCCAAGAGAGAUGUCAUCUUAUCCUCUCCCAUCUGCCUUGGACAUGGCAAUAUGGGGGGGAAAUUGUGUGUUGUGAGUAAUGGUCAGAUGUGGGGCUUUUCUCACAUGGUCAUUUACGUUGACACCUGUACUAGGAGCCUUCCAGCCCCAGAGCCACACAGAUCAUACCCCAAGGGGGAAGUUUCUGAUGUACCCACAGCCAAAGGCCUUUCCCGAUGGUCCGAACAAUCAUCCCUGCCCAUGCACGUGUACCUGUCUCUUUUAACACUAACCCUUGUACUUCUAGGUUUCGGUUUCUCAGUUCCCUCUCUUUCCACCAAGCCAUGGCUAUUACCUUCUUGAUUCUUAGCAGCAUGCCACUUCUUGCUAGGUAGAGGGAAGCUAGAGUUGAUGGCAUAUCAACGGCUGACCCAUCCCUAGCCACCCCAUGGACUCAGGACUUUGUCUCCCAGUAGCUGCUUAUUUAUCCCUUUUUCCCCCUCCAUAAAUUCUAGUUAAAACAUUCACUUAUGGAGAAUGUUAGGUUACCUUUGAUGUAUGAGGUAGCAGUAUUUCCCAGCUCUUCCAUAAACUUUAGUCCUUCUCCCUACUUGCCACCAAAACAAAAA